GUGUAGUUCUCCCCGCCAAAAGCAACAGCGGCAGCAAGGUCGUUUUCGGGACCUCCACCACCGGGGGUCAACAACAACAACCAACCCCGGUUGUAACGAGUAACCCGGCGACGUUGACGGCCUUGACAUCUUCAAGUGCAAGUGCGUACGGACUCCGCCACCAAUUACUACCCCAACAUUCCAGCACUUUCACUGCGCGCACGACACCCUGGCUGCCGUCGCCGUAUACUAGUACUUCGAUGGCGCGGUUCGGGGCGGCGGAUCCCGGUGCGGUGGUGCCGCUGACACAACGCAAGGUGUCCGUGGUCUUGCUCCCGGGGCAGGUCGCGCCCCGGCACGAGGUGCAGAACAGCGUCGUGGUGCUGGUGCAGCACAUUGUGUUGUCGGCGGCCGUGACGGCGUUGGGCUCGGGCGCGAACGCCGUGCAGCUGUGCGGGUCGGUGUACGCUCUGAACAAGGUCGCGGACGGGCUGGACCCGGACAGAACGCUUCGUUGCGGCGUCACAGCCGAGGGCGAUCGCAUUAAGCGGUUUGACAAGGGCGUGGACGCGAAGUCGUUUUUGGAUCCUAAAGUAGAGAACAAAACGGUGUUGUUAUCCUAUUGAACAGUUGUGCCCCUAUGAUCUUUCUCAGAACGUGGAAGCAUUUGUAUGGCAUCUUCAAAGCUUGUUCGUCCCAACGGAAACAGUCGUCAUCUUGCAUGCCUCAAGAUCACAAAUUUCCAGUGGUGAAUAGCAACAAAAAUCUGCACUGCAAAAAGGGCCCCCAGCAACAGCCUGGCCUGUGACUUCUUGGAAGAUGCCUCUACAUCUUCAGGAAGACCCAAAGUCCACCUUUCAUGCAAGACAAACGGUGUCUGUGUCCAUGUACUGUGGAAACUUUGCAUCAGAACAAUUAGUAUCUACUUUCGGGGGUCGUGGGGCGGUUAUUUUCAUUGGAAUAACUGCUCUACACGACGAACGGAACCCGUGCGAUUCCCUGGGUCCGCGACGCGAAGAGGCUGUUGCUGGGUUCCCUGCUGAACGCGUCCGCGGUGAUUUCAGCCUUGGUGCAAGAUUACACCACCUCCGGCGCCACCACCUCCGGCGCCGCGGCCAACACCGGCGCGCAGUCCGCGCUGCAGCGCGUCGAGGACCGGCAGGAUGCGGGCGAGCAAACCACUCCGCCGCCCAUCAUUUUCGUGUGCUGUGGCUACAACCGGGGCCAAAAUCGGAGCUCCGAGGACGAGUUGGUCACUGCGUACCUGCUCUGGAUGCUCAUGCAAUCCGUGCCCAACCCAUCGUCGCUGCUCUUGGACGAUUCCGCGAGAUUGGUGAUGCAGCAAGUCGACAGCAAGGACGUGGUCACGGACCUGCGCCGCCGGUUUCGGAAGGGCCCGACGGUGUUUCAGUUCGGGGAGGGGGCGAUCACGGACGUGAAUUUUCUGCUGGAUAUCGACUACUUUCCGAGCAUAUCGCACGGAACAUAUUGAACUGUUUCAUGGAAUAUACGAGUUCUUCGUCUUGGCAAGAUCAUUUUGCAUCACAUCCCUAAGGCGGGACCUGACAAGAAAAAGUUGCAUUGCGUGCUUCCUAAAACUGCACACUGAAAAAUCCAAAAAUGGGAUGCACCAUGUUAUGUUUAGCAAGACAAACAGACUUCUGUGUUGCAUUCUCUGGACCCCACGACGACAAGUUUACAACAGUCGUGUUUUCUUGCGAUAGAGCACGCUGCCGGUGUACUGUCCCUUACUCGGGCUGUUUCUCCGACAGCACCAGUCGGUGCUGGUGCCGCCGAAUUUGCACGCCGCAAGCGCCGCCGCCGGGUCUUUCGCCGGUCGUGGUUCCUUGGCGCCGGCGGCGGCGGGCCAGAUCGGGCAGAUGUUCUCCUCCGAAGGAAGUGCUUUUCCGGAAGGAGCCCAGAAGGCCUCCUCGGACAAGGGGAGUAAGGAAUCCACCGAGGGUCGAGGUAAAGGGCAACAGCAGUCGGUGAUUGAUCAGAACAGCGGCACGGCCACCAGUUCGAACAAAAGCACACAAGACGGCGUGUCUCAACACGCGGCCGUGACCGGCGGCCGUCCUGUUCCACCUCUUGCUGGGGGAACGACUUCUACAUUAGAAAUACCGGCAGGGGUGGACCACGACGUCGCAGAGGCUGCCGCAAGUGCGUAUGCGGACGAGGUUUUGAAGAAUCGGACUUUCAUCAAGUCUGUCGCGACCGAGGAGGUGGCGGGGGCGGUGGAGCUCGGCGAGCGGAAAGUUCUCGCCCUGAGUGAACUGCUAUCAAAUGCAAAAAUGUCUGGGUCCUCUGGAAGGUUGGAACCUGUGAUGCUGCAGUUGGAGGUCUAAAAAAUUUGUGUUGCAUGAGCAGCAGCGGAAUAGGCAUCAAGAAUCCCUCAAAAAACCUGUGAUGCUAGGGCAUGCAUCAUAGACGUCAUGGCUCAUGCCGACCAUGCAUGACAAGUCUCAGAAUCUUCCAGACCCACACACUUUUGCAUUUGAUAACUGCUAGCCGGCGGCGACGAGGACGACUUGUCCAGCGACGAGGCAUAUGCACUGCAAGUGAGUUAGGUGUCUGGGUCUGCAAGAGAGCGACUUGUUAUGGUAAGUCAAGCGCACAAAAAUAUCUGUGUUCUUGCAACAUGAACGCCAUCAAAACAAUGUUCUUGGGAACUUCCUGCUGAAAACGCGACGGGCAAAUUGCUGCUGCGGGAUAUUAGGCAUUGAAAGCUGGUGCCUCUUGCAAAAUUUAUUGGGAUGCUUGCUUCUGUAUCUGUGCGCUUCUGCAUGCCAGGUCAUCUGUGUGAUCUCAACACGUGGGGCAUUCGAUGACAUAUUUGCACUUGAUAAGGCAGAUUGUGGUUCUUCCAAAAGUCCGAGUGAGAGGCGGAAGGCGGCGGGGACGAAGUCGCGACAGAUUUCCAGAGAGCUAUCCUGAGUAAAAACGUACCCACACCAGAGUUGUCAUGCAGAUCUGCAAGCACAAGAGCGUUUGUAAUGCGCAUCCCCAUGAGAGGCAUUAUCCAUCGUGUUUUGGAACUUGUAAUGCUGUAAACAGCAUAAGGAGAUGGAUUUGUUAGGCGGCUUCCCUUGCUAAACUGCACUACACUACAGCCUGCAAUUUGUCAUGCGUGGUUCCCAAAACUUCAAGGUUUGUGUUGCAUAAUCUCCAUCUUCACUCUGGGGUGGGGACGUUUUUACAAAUGAUAAGAGCAGGGUCAUCAUGGUCGCGCUCCUGCGACCACGUCGGCGUCAAAUAAAGAGGAAUCAAGCGGAUCGUUCUCCGGCGGCAGCGCAAGGGAAGAAAAAAACGCUUCAGCCCCGACGGUGGAGGGCAUGAUCAAAGUGGCUGAGGUGCGAACAAAUGGCAAUCGUAAGGACGUCGACCACGACUUCUACAAGAACAUCAAGGAGGAUAAAGCCGACUCCUCGCCCAGCAGCCGUGACAAGGGAAAAGAGCGAACUAUUUCCGCGGCCGGCGCAGACCAUACGAGCAGCCCGACGCAGCAGGCCAGCUCCUCUCGCUCUCCGACGCCGACGCAGCGCUCCAGCUCCUUCCGAAAGCGCCUCUCGGCCCACCCACUCUCGCCUGAUCAUGGGACGAGUGCUUUAUCUUCUUCGCGCGCCUUUCACAACAAGCUCUUCCGAAUCGACGACCAGUUCGGGAGUCUAGACCGGUCUGCGUCGUUGAAGAAGGUGAGACUGUUCGCGAUGCGGCACUAUUCAAUGCAGACUACAUGUCUGGGUCUCCUGGAAGAUUGCCAGGUUUGUCAUGCAGGUUUUGGAUGCCCUGGAAGGUCUGGAAUGCGGGUCUAGCGUCACAAAUCUUGCGAAGGCUUCGCAAUGCCUAUAUGCGCAUGACAGAUCGCCUCUUGUUUCGGUGACAAGAUCUUCAAAUGGGCAUCUUUUGCUGUCCAUGCAUGAGAGAUUUUUGUGUGAUGUGAAAUGCGCAUCACAUGAUGUUCGGAUCUUUCCAAACCCAGACAUAUUUGCAAUCCAUAGGCACGGGGACUACGAGAAAUCGGUGGCGAAGUCCAUGGUGGGCCUCAUGAACCCCACCCUCUCCGCGGAGGGCAUGGCGGAGGCAACCGCGCUGGCGAAUUGCUUGGCGCAGGAACAGCUGAUAUUACAGUGAAAAGUGCCUCCACCCCCAAAGUUGCAAAAAUUUGUGAUGCGAAGUUUCCAAAUGAAACCUUUUUGUCAUGUAUGAAAGGAAUAUGAAUCUUUCUGAUGCAGAUUCUAAUGCUGUUUCGCAUCGCUUGCAUGACAAGCACCGCUUUUGCUGGGAUCUUUUGCAAUACAAAUUUUUGCUAUUCACGAUCGUAAAUCUGUGAUGCUGAUACAUGCAAGAGGGCGAAUGUUUCAUUUGGAAAGGUUUGCAAUACAAAUGCUUUGAAGUUCGGGGGUGGGAGCAUUUUUCAUUGUAAUAGCUGACCCUGGUGAUUUGCAGUCCGCUGCUGCGGACCGCAGUCACGGCGGAGCUGAUAGCGGCUCCGCACGCGCUGACGCCGCAAAUCGACACGGACUUGGUCGCCAUCCACCGGGGGGACUGGAGCGGUUUGCCCCUCCCGGAGAUCGAGCGGUACUUCCCCGGGGACUGGCAGCGGUGGUGCGAAGAUCCGCAGUGGGGGGAGCAUAUCGUAUUUAAAAGCGUCGUCCCCACGCCAUAGUCGUACUUGUAAACGCAAAGCGGCAUGCUGAAAGUGUGUGUCAUGCGGAGCUCCAUGAGAAGCGUUUUCUAAUCGUGUUUUGGAAUUUGUCGUGCUGCAAUCAGCAUGAUAUGCCAGAUCUGUGAUGCUGCUGAACUACAUCAAACAGAGCUACACUAAGAGCCCAAAUUUGUCAUGCGAAACAGCCAAAACUGGUGGACUUGUCUAGCCGAUUCCCCAUCUUGACUAUGGGGUCGUGGGGACUUUUUUACAUAGGAUAGAGCACGGGGGGGAGUCUUACGUGGAGGUGAUCCGCCGGGUCAAGGACUCCAUGGACAAGAUCCUGCGUCGCUGCAUCCUCUACCCUAUCAAAUGCAAAUAUGUCUGGGUCUGGAAGAGUGCAUGUUUGUCAUUCUUGUCUGGCAUGACUCUUAAAUCUGUCAUGCACGUUACCCAAGAGAGCCGUUUUGCUGUCAUGCAAAAACGCGCUUUGUCAUGCAGAAUAGGCAACACCUAGAAGCUCAAAAGUUUGUCAUGCUGGGCCAGCAGUUGUGGCCUCUUCAUGAUACGCCACCCAGCAUCACAAGUUUCCAGACCCAGACACUUUUACAAUCCAUAUACCCCGCAGAAUUCGUUGCGGGAUACAACAGCAGCACCGGCGGGAGUGGUUCGGCGGCGGGCGCCGGGUCUUCCGCCGUGGAUCCGAACAACGUGCCCGGUACGGCGAACGUGUGUAUCAAAUGUAAAAAUGUCUGGGUCUGGAAAAUUGGAACUUGUAAUGCGUGUCAUGCAUUCCUGGAAAAUCUGUGUUGCAUGAGCAGCAACACAGAGGCUUUCUGUGUCAUGCGAAAACGCAAUUUGUAAUGCGUGCUAGGCAUCAGCAGACCUCUCAAAAACUUGUCAUGCUUGGCUGCCAUUGGAAGCGCUUCAAUCAUGCGCAAUUCAGCAUCACAAGUUUCCAGACCCAGACAUUUUUACAUUUGAUAGUGUGCGUGGUCACCCACUGCAGCAUCGUCUGCUCCAUGAUCGGCCUCCUCGCCGGGCUCUCGCAGUCUCAGUGGGUGGACCUCGGCGCGUCCAUCCCGCCGUCCAGUGUAUCGCUGCUGGAGAUUGACGUGGAGCACAAGUCCUGCGAGGUGAGCUACGUCGGCCGCCGCGCGGUGGAUUUCCAAGCGAUUCAGGAGCAGAUAACGAAGGCCAAGUCAGUAUCCCGUGUAAAGAUGUCCCCAUGUUGAUCUCCCCAGAGUGUCACGAUGCGGGCACUGCUACACAGACUAAAAAGUUUUGCCUGUUCUUGCACCUGUCAAGUUUGGGCUCGUGCUGUACGUGGUCCUCUUUGGCUACUUAGUGCAGCGAGCCGCAUGAAACUUCGAUCAGCUUAUCCUUGUUCCAGCGUCACAAAUUACAAAACAACAUUAGAAAACGCUUCUGAUGGGGCGGCUCCUGCGCUUGACACACAAUUUUUUAGGCAUGCAGUUUUGAUGCGUGACGAGAAGUAUGAGGUGGAGAUGUUUUGACACAGGAUAGUCGGACCGGCUGUGUCUGCAGGAGUUUUCUGAGGACGGGGCGUCCAAUCUGCGGUCCUCCAGUAAGGAGUCGUCGUCUAUCGCCCUAGAAGACCUCUUGACUGGGACGAGUGCGCCGGCUGCACUCGCGGCGACUAGUGCAGCCACCCCCGGUGCUUUGACCGCAGCUCUCGCGGGAGGGCGCGAUGGUUCGGCGGCCUCGGGCGGAACAGCAUGCGCCGGCGCGAAGGUUCCACCAACGGCAGCACCACACGGCGGCCACCCCCUGCUGCCGAAAUUACCGAGCGGUGACUCGGGAAUCAUAAACCUGGGCGGGGUGGUAGCUCCCCGCACGCCGGUUCACCUCGAGGGCCAGAGUCUGAGUUUGACCCCGACCCUAUCCUGUGUAAAAACGCCCGCACCCCAGAGUUGUUUGCAGAUUUGCAAUUACAGGAAGAUUUGUAAAAAUGCGUAUCUCCAUGACAGGCAUUUCCAAUCGUGUUUUGGAAUUUGUAAUGCUGUAAAGAGGAUAAAGCAGAUGGAUUUGUGAUGCGGUUGUCGUUGCUAACAUGCACUACACUACGGACUGCAGCUUGUCAUGCUUGGCUCCCAAAACUUCUGGAUUUGUGUUGCUAAUUUUCCAACUUGACUUCUAUGGGGUGGGGACGUUUUUACAUAUGAUAGACCCCAACCGGGUCGCUGACGGGAAACACGCGGAGGAGCACGCAGCGGAAUCUGUAUCAAAUGUAAAAAUGUCUGGGUCUGGAAACUUGUGAUGCCGGGUGGCGUCUCAUGAUGAAGCCACAAAUGCUGGCUCAGCAUGACAAGUUUCUGAGCUCCUUCUAGGUGUUGCCUAUUCUGCAUGACAAACUGCGUUCUUGCAUCACAGAAAAGCGGAGCUCUUGGGUAACGUGCAUGACAGAUUUAUAGAGUCAUGCCAGACAAGCAUGACAAACAUGCAUUCUUCCAGACCCAGACACUUUUACACCUGAUAAUCUGCGGUCUCUGAUGAAGUCGUGGUCCCACAUUCCGUAUCCUGUGCAAAAGUAUCGUACUCGUAGUGAUUGCAAACAUGCAUUACAAAUCCGCAUUACAAAUUUUCUUUCUCAUGCUGAGGAAAUUUGUAAUGCAUUUGUACGAGUACGAUACUUUUGCAAUGCAUACUCCGGAGUCCGAUACCAGUUUCUACAUAUGCAUAAAAUUCAAGAACUCUGUUCGUGUCUCUCUGGGUCUGGAAAGACAAAGAACUUGUGAUGCUAGUCGCGGCUCCCCGAGAAACGCACUUUGGUACGACGUACCUUAGCAUGACAAGUAUUUCUUGAGGGAUAAUACUUAUUUUCGUGUCGAUUUUUUAUAGCAUGAGAUGAAGGAGUCGCACUUUAUUUGCACGACAGACCACUAUGUGGCGCAGGUCCGGUUCGUGCAUCACAGAUUCUGGUGGCUUUAUCAUUAGUACUCGAAACGAAGAUAACGAAGCAUUCUUACAGACGCGGACGCAGUUGCAAUGCAUAUUACACCUCGCAAAACAAUCCCGAAAACGCCUUGUACCGACAAACAGCGACCGCGACGAUGAACAUGAAGCACAACGCGGAGGUGCUCCUCGCGCCCUUUGAUGUGUUGGCGCCAGACGCGCAGCCCUUGCCCGACUUUGACGUCUUCCGCUCCGGGGGGGAGCAAGAGUACGAUGCCGCAGUCGCAACCGCAGGCACCAGUCCGGUGGGGAGUUAUGCAUUGCAAAAGUAUUGUGCUCGUACUCGUAGGAAUUGCGAGCAUGCGCGACAGAUGCGGUUUCCUACCUGAUUCAGCAUUACAAAGCUCAUUUCUCAUGCUGAGGAGGAUUUCUACUUAAAAUAGAUGCGAUACUUUUGCACAGGAUAGGAGUAGUGGCACAGCAACUGUUCGGGACGGUGCAAAAGCACCCAGCUCAGCAGCGUCUGCUUCAAAUCCAGCCACCGGUGGACCGGCGACAGCCCCUCCAGGGGCGGCCCACAAUGCAACUGCUUCAUCUUCGCUGCUAGCGUCACAGCAGCUGUUGAACCAGAGCGCAGCGAGUUUGCUGGGCCAGCAAGUGAACUACCUGAAGUCGGCGCAAAACGAAGCGUCGACCCUGAUCUCCAUCGUGUCGACCCCCGGCCGACUCGCGCCGGAGCACCACCUGCCGGACGCCUUGGUUAUCUUGAUUGACGUGCUACGAAUGAGUUCCACCGUUGUCACCGCGAUGGGCGAGGGCCUGAACAGCUGCCGUUUGUUUUCGUCCGUGGCCGAGAUUAAGCACGCGAGCCAGCAGUACGUGCCUGGGGACUGCUUGCUCGGUGGGGAACAGAAGCGGACUCUCAUGCCCGGGUUCGAUAGGGACAACUCCCCCCUGAGCUACCUGCCCGGAGACAUUACCACCGCCGUCCACGCAAAAACGUCGGCGGUAGAAUUGCGCGCCGGCGGGGGCGGCGGCACGAAACGAAGUACAAAUGGUGUAGUCGGGCCGACGACACCCGAAUUGAAAAUGCCGCCACACGACGCGGCACUCAGCCGGGAAACAUCCUCGGCGCAGUCGUCGUUCUCCGAGCGAAGUUUUGCUAGCCCAGAAGAUGCGCCAGAAGGGGCUUGUCUCCCGCCAGCUUCCGGGAGUGCUGGGAAAGGCAAGAAAGAUGCGAACUACUCUCUUUCGCCCGCGUCAGGGAAUGGGAAAAAAAUUCCAUCAUCCACUCUCCCGGCGCACGAAGAUUUCCUCUCGAACCAGACCGCGACGGGCGAACAGAAAACGACGAAACGGCGGCCGGGGGCCGAUCGGGUCGGGUUGUUCCUGACCACGAACGGAACGCGGGCGUUGCCGUGGGUCCGGCGUGCGAAGUUUCUGGUGCUCGGGUCCUUUCUGAACGUGUCCGCAUGCGCGCGCUUCGUGAUCGCGAACUGCGGGCGGGUGCGGUCGAUUCUGCUGGUCUGCUCCGGGCAGGAUCGGGGCCUGCGGGAAUCGUUCGACGACGAGAUUUGUGCUGCGUACAUUCUGCGCACCCUGCUCGCGGAGAUCCCGCGACCGCAGAAGCUCAUGCUGGACGUGGCGGCCACGUCCAUUUUGAUGCGGACCGGCGUCGCGCUGGCGCAGUGGCGGGACCUGUGCGAGAAGUUCUCCGCCACGCCGGGGGCGCGCGAGCUCCAGAGGAUCGGGCUCUCCCGGUAUCACAAGGAAAAAUCCCCCCUCCCCAUAUCAAAGCGGAAAUCUGUGAUGCAGAUUUGUUGUCACAAAUCAGCUUUGUCAUGCUACACGGGAAAAGAUGCGGACUGUAGUGCUGGGUGGCGUGGGGAAGCCUUGCAUCUUCAGCAUGAUAGGAGGCAGCUGAGAGUGGGAAACAGCAUGAAACGUAGAAGCGACAUGAGCUCGAAGCUGAGAGAAAAGGAGCCCCGCGCACGAGCAUAAUCCCGCAACAACAUUAAGAUAGGCUUUUGGCGCCAUAGCAUGCUGCUUCGGCAAAAGUGCGCUCGACGCCGACGCACUAAAUAGCUUCAAGUUAGAACAAAGUCAAAAGAAAGCUACUGUCGCCCGUCACCGCAAAAACUAACUUUAUCAUCGUCGUCGUCUGUCAUCGUCCUUUUCGUACCUGGCCUGCUAGGGCCCAGCCGGCAAACAUGUGGCUUUCGGAAAGCAGGCUGUAAUCGCACGACUAUGGCAAUGCUAAAAGCGUACGACUGUCACUUCUCGUCUUACUUUCGUUUACUUCGUAGUUCUGCUCUGCGUCUGUUUUUUGGUUUUCUGCUCCGGCCCCUUGCAUGACAUCUAAAAGUACAUAAUAGGGACGAAGGCGUGGUUGCCGCAUAGUUGCGGCCUAAGAGAGGACCGCGGGCCUGUGUUGUUGAUGGAGCCCACGCAUGACGAAGUAGAAGCCUCAUGAAAUAGUCUCUCUGUGUCCUCUUCCAAUAACAAAAUCACUAAGUCAGGAGCCGCAGGAGACUCGAGCCAGCGGAACGCGCUGCGGAGCCGCGCGACGAAUCGGUGAGCCAGCAAGCCGUUUCCACGGACUGUGCAUCCAAGAGCCGGAAGUGGGCUGAGAUCUGUCAGUCAACGUCGGUAGACUAUGCAUGUCAGUGCGAGUAUGUAUGGCUUCUCGCAGAUGUAGGGCAAGAUAGUCCCCGUUGUUUUCGCCUCAGUUAUCUCUCUUCUAUCUAUGACGCCUGCCUCGGUGCUACCAGCCACGUAGCUGAACGUGUCUCGAAGAGCCCACCUCCGUGUUUCUUCCUCAGCAUACGCACAGAGCCAGCGUCAGCCUCCAGCUCGCCAUGAAGAUAGAUUCUAAGCCGUCCGCUGCGGUGCCGCUCAAUCAGUCCGCCUCACAACCCGCUCGCACUGUGCCGACGACUAUCGCGAGAUGCCCAGGGUCGUACACGUCUCUCUGGGUCCGAUCUCCGUGACAUACCGCUGCGGCCCACAACUCCAAGGUGUACGCGCACACUAACGGUAGCCGCCCGAUCAGUAGGUAGUGGAGGACUGUCCACGCCACCAAACCCGCCUCACCAGCCUACGACCGGCAAUUCGCAGCUGUCUUUCAUCUCCGCGGUUCUAUGGCAAAACCGACAGCUCGAUGCCCCUCCGCCCGGCGAGUGCCUCACGUCGCUCCUGCAGGGCCACCCGUCCCUCCGACUGCGCCGCGCCGGUACCUGCGUCUCGCGUGCUGCUGGACCACCAUCCUCCCGUUUCAUAUGCUGACGUUCUUCUGUGUAACAAUCCGUCAGUUUCCCGCAUUCCGGCGCUCUCCAGCCAGUUCCAGUGUUGCGGUGGGGAUAAGCUUCAAGUAUCGUCCUUCUCAGUAACAGGCGCUCCCAGCUCGUCGUGCCGCAAGCUCACCAGCAAUUCCUCUUGGGUCGAGGCCUUUCCUCGGAGGUGGGGUUGUGCUUGGGGCGCCAGGCGUAUGGACGGCUUCGCAGCUACGUCGUGAUCGACAAACUGAGAUCGGCGAUUCUAGUUGUGUUGCUGGUCCUGUGCCAGUCGCGGGGCAUGUUCGGGUGUUCCGGGCAGUGCUUAGUGCACCCCUCGGACCCCGCACCCCCCCGGGCUUUAGUCGCGCAGUCUGUUAAGCAUGACAAAUUGCCUGCAAACGAGGCCACGACUGCGGCUCUUGGCCUUCUAGCAUGACAAGUCGGUUUGUGACCUCAAAUACAGCAUCACAAAUUUCGUUUUCGAUAUGGGGAGGGGGGAUUUUUCCUCUCAAUACCCGGGAUGUGGAGUUCUGCCUGGAGCGCGACCGCUACGCGGACGUGCUGCCUUUGUACCAGCGGGAGGGGGACCUGUUUCUCAACUACCGUGUGCACAGCAACCAGCGGCUGCGCAGUCUGGAAGAGAGCACGGAGCGAGAACGGGAGGAGAGACUCUCCAAGGACAGCACGACAACCAGCGCCGACGUGCUUCGGAGCAGCAGCAAAUCCGGUAUGCAUUGCAAAUAUGUCUGGGUCUGGAAGGAUUCAACUUUUCAUGCUACUUCUGAAUCAUGCAAAAAUCUGUGUUGCAUGAUUACCAAAAGUCGUCCCCUUUUGACCAAGUUGGGAGGGAGUUUCUCAGGCAGGAUAGGCAUGAUAGAGAUCACACAGAAUCUGUCGCGCUAGGUCCUGCAUUCCAGACCUCAUGGGUCAUGGAAAAACUGCACGACAAAUCGCGCACUCUUCCUGACCUUGACAUAUUUGCAUCUGAUAUCCGGUGCGGAAGAGCAACCAAGCACCGUGGACAUGGUGAUGUGGAUCCGCAGCAGCAUAUCCUGACUAAAAACGUCCCCACCCCAGAGUUGCCAUGCAAAUUUGCAUGCCAAAAAAGUUUCUCAUGCAAAGCGCCAUGAGAAGCUUUUUCUAGUCGUGUUUUGGGAUUUGUGAUGCUAGAAAUAGCAUGAUGCGCUAGAUCUGUGAUGCUGCUGAGCUAGCUACUCAGGAUCACACUACGAGGACAAACUUGUCAUGCGAAACAGCCAAAGUUGGCCCAUUUGUCUAGCAGAUUCUCCAUCUUGACUCUGGUAUGGGGACGUUUUUCCUCAGGAUACAGCAGUGCCGGUCCCGGCACGACGACGACAAACAGCUACACGCAGCACCACGUGAAGCCGCCCAAGAAGGUGAAGCUGUUCCUGGUCUCGCUCCGAUGCGGCGACCUGCUCACCGGGAGGCUGGACCCGGAGCCGUCCCCCAACACGUUGGCGGCCGGUGCGCAGCUGGCGGUGCAGCUAGCGGAGGUGCUCAAGGCGAACAAGGCCAAGCGUGUGGUCAUCUAUCCCAUGCGCCAAAACGUACUGAUUGCGGUUCAGGCCUGUCAUGCAAAUCUGACAUAGAAUUAGAAAUUCUGCUGGGUUCUAAGAAUCAUGGAAGCUCUUGUGCAGGUCCAGAUGUCUUAUGCGCAGCCUCAUUCUCAAAAGCUGAAGCUGAUAGUUUGUAAAAAUUACUUAUGAAGAUGCCCUAAUCAGGAUUGCAGAACAAUUUAUUGCGUAGCAGAAAAAUCAUUGAUGCCAUCUUGAUCUUGCUACUGGGGUAGCAGUAGUACACGUUUUUGCGCAGGAUGUCAUUGCUUCUUCCCCGUUAAGACGAGCGCGGGCGGUGGCAGCGAUGUUUUGUUCGGAGUUUCACGAGGUGCCCAUCGUGUUGAACGAGCUUACCGCUCGGGAUGUCGGCGAUUGGACGGGGUUGACCGAAGCGGAGGUGGAGAAGCUACCAACUGCAAACGUGAUGUCUGCGUCCUGUGGAAGGAUGCAAACUUGUGAUGCUCGCUGGCAGUAACACGAAAAUCUGUUUUGCGCGACCUCUUUUUUUUGUUGUUCUUUUAUUGUUGCCACACGGACAGCGAGUUUGAGUUUUUCAUGCGGAAUAAACAUUGGGGGGGCCUUGUUGAGAAAACCUGUGAUGCUAUGCUGUGCGUUCUGGACCUUCUCGGUGAGGCAGAAGCUGCGUGACAAUGUCAACAGCUUUCCAGCGGGCCCAGAGCAGACAUUUUUGCAUUAGAUAGAAGUAUUUCCCCAACCAAAUCGAAAAGUGGCGCACCAACCCUUCCUGGUGCGACCACGGCGGCGAGUCGCAGGCCCAGGUGCGGUAUGCAUGGCGAAAAUGUUUUAGUCCGGGUCUGAAAAGAUGCAACUUGUUUGUCAUGCUCGGCCAGAAUGAUGCUCCCGUCUGUCAUGCACGUUUUCACCCAAAGCGCUCAGUUUUCUGUCACGCAGAAACGCAGUUUAGUGUUGUCAUGCGGAACACCAGACUGCAAUAAGUCAAAAACUUGUCAUAUUAAGUUUUUGGCCGUCAAAAAUGAAGGCCUUGUCCCCGUGAUUUUCCAACCAGCAGCAGAAAUUUCCAGACCCCGAUAAUCUUCGACAUUUUCGCGAAUUGCAUAGGCGGCAUCGCGUGGGCACGGUGCUGGACCUGGUUUUGCGGUCCUACAUUUUGGACUCCGCGUGCGACGUAUCAAAUGCAAAAAUGUCUGGGUCUGGAAGAAUCUAACUUGUCAUGCUAAAUCUGAAUCAUCCAAAAAUCUGUGUUGCAUGAUUACCAAAAGGUGGUCACUUUUGACCUAAUCGAGAGGCAGUUUCUCAUGCAGAAUAGGCAUGAUAGAACUCUCACAGAAUCUGUCAUCCUAUGUCCUACAUACCAGACCUCAUGGGUCAUGGAAAACCUGCGUGACAAGUCUGCAUUCUUCCAGACCCAGACACUUUUGCAGUUGAUACGACGCCGUGGUGCUGGUCGGGCACGCGUCCCUGGUCAAAUGCGUUGUGGAGGAGAUUCCUGACGUGAGUGACAGUUUCAAGAACGCGAGGCUCCCCCCGCUGGCGGUGUCGGUCAUGGACUACGAUCCCGGGUUGUACAGCAGAGCGCCCGGGGAGAAGCGGUUCGCAGCGAUCGCAAAAGCGCUCACCGUACACGCGGUCGGGCUGACCAGCUUGAGAUAUUAAAGGAAGAUGGUCUAGUAAGUACUUGAUCAUUUUGCAGUCUGUCGCAACAGCAUUGAAAGACUCCGCGCGUGGUAGUCGUUUUCCUGUCUAAGUAGAACAGACGUCGAGCAGGAGCUCAGUAAAUGCCAAUGCAACAUCAAAUGCUGGCGCUGGCCGAGUCGUAGAGUAAAGAAUUACUGUUCUGCUCACGAAAAGUGAAAGGACGCAAAAGUAAAAAAGUAGAAUUUGCAUUCUUGCUACUCUCUGUAGCUACGACAUUCUAUCGGUCCGGCGGCGGAGCCGUGUCUAACCAAUAGCAAAAUGACUUUGUGAACGAGCGUGCUUUUCUACAACUGUCUACUACACCCGAAGAAGUAAAG